AGGACGAAGACCUGAUCCAGCAGUGGGCCGUAUGUCGUCAAUUCAAGUUCCAGGAGGUUCGGCAGAAAACUGA